CUCAGAUUCAUGCAGCUAAACAAACAAGACAGAGGAUAAACCAUCAGUUUGUAUCCAUCAUCUCAAAUUAGCAGCAUGUUCCUGUUGAAUAUUUGCAUCUGUGCCGGCAUCAUGCUGUCCCUCCCUCAGUGCUCGUAUCAGUCAUGCACCGAAGGGACACCCAGACAGUGCAUCGAGGCAGAAUUUGUUCCAGGUACCAAUUUGGCCGGGGAAGGCUUCGACAUCACCAAAAUGGAACGAAAGGGGGCCUUUGUGCUCAACAUGAAUCAGUGGAAACGCAAGGACAAAACAUGCAUCCUGUGUAGCAACCCCUUUUUGGAGAACAAAAAACAAAAGCUCCCCUUGUCGGUGGUGGACUGGAGGCCAAAACAGUCCUGCAGCAUGAAAGUGGCCAGUAAACUCCACAGAUCAAGUGAAUCUCUGGUCAGUUCCAGCACCUCUUCUGUUGAAAACAACUGGGGGAUGAAUCUAGACGUUAAUGUGGGUAAAAAAGGCGCCUCAAUGAUGCUGGCUGGUACCAAUUCUAAACUGUCUGAUUAUUCCAUGGAAAAAACAAAGAAUGACAAGUUCAGCUUCACGAGUCAAAGCAUGUUGUGUGAGUACUACAGCUACCGAGUUUCCAGCAAAACAAAGCUGCACAGAGAAUUUAACCAUGCAGUAAAGCAACUCCCCAAAACCUACUCCCCUGAACACAAGCCACAAUUUUACAAACUGAUUGACAACUUUGGCACUCAUUACAUCACCAAGGUGAAGUUGGGAGGAAGUGUUCAAUCUGUGACCAGCAUCAAGCAGUGCCAGGCCAGCCUGCAGGGCCUCAGCGUGGAGGAGGUGAAUAUGUGCCUGGAAGUUGAAGCGUCUGCCAGCAUCCACGCCACAAUAAAAACUCAAGCAAAACACUGUAAGAAGGACAUCGAGAAGACAGACAGUAAAUCGGCCUUCUCCAGCCUCUUCAAUGACAGGUUCACAGAAAUAAAGGGGGGUCAUACCACAGAGCCAGACCUUCUCUUCUCCGCUGACAAAAAUCCAUCGGCCUACAAAGAAUGGCUGAACACACUCCCACAGAAUCCAGACAUAGUCUCAUAUUCUCUGGAGUCACUUCAUGAGUUACUGCCUACGAACACACCUGCCCGGAAGAACCUGCGCUCAGCCAUUAGCCACUACAUCCUGGAGAAAGGCCUGUGGAAGAACUGCAGUGAACGCUGUCAGGCCGGCAUCAAGAGCGACCCAAGGGAUUCCUGCGUCUGCCGAUGCCACAAUGACCCUGCUGUAAACGCUGACUGCUGCCCAACCCGUAAAGGCAUGGCACGCGUCAUCAUAACCAUACAACGGGCUUCUGGUUUGUGGGGAGACUGGUUCACUUCAACAGAUGGUUAUGUGAAGGUGUUUAUCAACAAACAGCUCUGGCGGACUCCUGUCAUUUACAACAACAACAACCCACACUGGGCAAUGGUCAUGGACGUGGGCUCUCACGAUUUGUCCUCAGGACAGAAAGUGAGAUUUGAAGUGUGGGAUGAGGACAACAAAUGGGACGACGACCUGUUGGGAGCAUGUGAGCGAGUUCUGUCUACAGGAGUCAAGGAGGAUUUCUGUAAUCUGAACAAUGGUAACCUGUUCUACAAAUUGGAUGUGAAAUGUGCUCCGAGUCUGAGUGGAAAUUCAUGCACGGAGUAUAAACCUUCACCUAUGAGUCAAAGUCUGAAGAAGCUGUAUGUGUCCCGUCAUGCCCACCCUAUUCCAAAGGCCAUCCUGUUAGAGAUGGGUGUGUUUGUGGACGAAUCCAGUUCACAGAGAAACCAGAGUCACACUGCUGAGAGUCAAAAGUUUGAUGAGCUAUAACAACCAUGUUUGGUUUUACUGAAACUUACAUUGAAGGCAUUACCAACAUUUUUAUAGUAUUGAUGAGAUUAAUAUAAGCAAAAGGCAUUAUUAUUCAUAAGUCUAGUCCCACAUUAAAGCUCUCUCAACAAACGACGAUGUCAGUAUUGUUGACAAAAUGGCUGCAACUCAAUUUCAGGAAAAUAUCCCUCAUAUCUUGUAUGUUCAUUUUUUCUUUUAGGUUAAAGGUCCCAUAUUAUAUGAACUGAGAUUCCUGUGUCUUCUUUGAUUAUAAAGCAGGUCUAGGUUCUAUAUUAAUACCGGAGUGUAUCAAAGCGCUCAGUCCACAGAAAAACGCACACAGCCUGUAAUUUGGAAACUGAGCCUUAAAACAAGCCGUCAGGACUUCUGUAACUUUGUGAUGUCACAACAAAGCAGCCACCACUCUCAGCCAUGUUCCCAGUGCCGCCCACUUGGACCCACCAUCCAACCUUGCAGGAUUUGGUUUCUCUGAGUGUUUACCUGAAAUCUGCUUUAUUUUUAAUCAGUCACAUAGAAAAAAGUCAGCCAAUCAGAAGAGAGGCUCAGAGCAUCCUCUCUUCUGAUUGGCUCAGUGAGAUGUUGUUACUAGAGCUCCAGAGAGAAGCCUGAAGGAGGAGAUGUAAAACUACACUGACAUGGUUUUUGGUUCUUAAAACCACAAAUAUACUGUAUCUUCUUAUGGAUCAACACUCGAAUAAAACACAGGAAAAGUGUAAAAUGUGGAACUUUAAUCUACAUCAUUAAGUGAAAGUAAAAUUAGACUUGUGUUUGGCAGAAGUGUGUUGCUAAUAGAAGUUAUUUUUAUAUAUCUCCAAAUUUUCAUAAUGAAGUUCUCAUUAUACUGUACUUUCCUGGUCUUUCCUCAGCAGAGCAUAUGCAAUUGAUCAUCUAAAAGUUCUUGCAGUUGUUGAAACAUGAUUUUGAUUCAAUGCGACUUUUACUUACAUUAUUUUUUACAGGCUUUUUAUCUGUGCAUUUCUUUCCUUUUUAUUACUUCUAUACAGGCAUUUAUAACAUGCACUUGUGUGUUUUCUAUAUUUUAAUGACAUUGCCUCAUGGAUUUUUGAUGAUCAGGUUGACUCACAUUUAUAUAGAGAGAAAUACCUCUGUUGCUUUAUAGCAUACAUCUCCUUAGUGCUGAUAUAAUUUUUUUUUUUUUAAAUGUAUGAAUCUUCGCAUGUACUAUUUUCCUUUUACUGUGUUCUUGUUACCUUGUGUGUAAGUUUAAUGGUUUCCUGUCUAUGAAUAUCUGCAUCUUACAUGUACUUCUGUUAAGCUUUCAAAAAUAAAUGAUUUUUUAUACGUUAAAAUACUCAGACAUUUAAGUGCUUGUUGCUGAACUGGUCCCAUUUGGU